CGGUAGCUGUGAGAAGGGAGCAGACCGAGUGAGGAGACGCCACGGGACACAGGAUGGUGAGGUGUUGGCAACAUGCAGAAAACGAUUCGGAGGAUGUACAGUGCACGGAUGGGGGCCCUGCUGCGUCCCCACAGCAGUCCCGCUUCCCACACAAGGUGUUCUGGGCCAGCCUCUCAGCCUCUCUGCUCCUGAUCAUCAUCACUCUCAGUUUGACAGGGCACUUUGGGCUGUCACAGCCCCGCUCUCAGUCUUUACAGAUUGUCCGAAUCACAGCUCCAGAUCAGAGUGGGGUUCUGAUCAACCAGUCAGCCGUUGUGGAUGAGCAGAACAACCUGGUGACUUUUUCUGUGACUUCAACAGCCAAUCAGACGUCCACUGUGCUUUUUGACAUCAGACAUGGUCUGAUAUGUUAUAAGCCAGUGGACACUGAGAGCUGUUUCUUGCGAAAGAUGGAGCAGUUCGACUACGACAACGUACGCUCCCUCCUCGAUGAAUCAACACACAAGCAGGGUCAGUUCCAGUUAUCCGGGAAUGAGACUCAGAGGCAGACAGAGUUCCUGGGGGUUCUGGCAGCCACUCAAGUGAACAUUUCCACCCUGGAACAGCCACUCCAGGAUCUGUGUCAGGACAGGUCUGUCCACUGGACCAGGAAAGCAGAGGGUCCAGGGAAAGAGAGGCUGGUCUACUUCUGCAUCGACAUCUGCUUUCCCAGUAACAUCUGUGUGUCUGUGUGUUUCUACUACCUGCCAGAGUGA